AUGCUAAAUUCGUCACUCCGCAGACUUCGUGAUAAAUCGGAGCUCGCGACAGAAUAUCGCGAAUUCAUGUCUGAUUAUCAGCGGCUGGGGCAUAUGCGGCCCGCGCCGAUCGCUCAAACUCACAUCAACCAACAGGUUUAUCUCCCGCAUCAUGGAGUGAUCCGGGAAAGUAGCUCUACUACGCGUCUUCGCGUUGUUUUUAACGCAUCGAGCGUUACUUCUAACGGCACAUCGUUAAAUGAUCAUUUAAACGCCGGGCCGAAAUUACAAACCGAUCUCAUGUCGGUCAUCCUACAAUGGCGUAGAUACAAAUACGUCUAUUCAUCCGAUAUCGCGAAAAUGUAUCGCCAGAUUCACAUCGAUGCGCGUGAUAUAGAUUAUCAACGGAUCUUGUGGAAGUCAUCGCUGUCGGAACCGCUCAUCGAUUAUCAAUUACUAACGGUUACGUAUGGAAUGUCCUGUGCUCCGUUUCUGGCCCUUCGGAUAUUAAAACAACUAGUCAUCGACGAAGGUCAGCAUUUUCCGCUUGCUGUUCCUAUCCUAAGCGAUAAUAUUUACGUCGACGACUUACUUUUCGGAGCUGACGAUACCAUUCGAAUUCGGCAAGCGCGCGAUCAAUUAAACUCUAUGUUAAAGCGCGGCGGAUUCGUAUUACGGAAAUGGGCGAGCAACUCGCCCUCUCUUCUCGAGGACAUCGAAAUCGCAGAUCACGGUCUAGCCACGAACAAACCUCUGUCUGAAGACGAACAAAUCAAAAUCCUCGGAAUCGGGUGGAAUCCGGCGAACGAUGUUUUCGAAUUUCGCGUCUCGCUCGCUGAUAACGCCUCAGAAACAAAGCGUACGAUUUUGUCCGCGAUCGCAAAGUUUUACGAUCCGCUCGGGUGGGACACUCCGGUCACGAUCACUGCUAAAAUCUUUAUGCAGCAACUCUGGCGACUUAAAAUGCUCGCGUGGGUAAGUCAACCUCCUUCGCGAUGGAAGACUUUUGUCGCCAAUCGCGUUAAUGACAUUCAGACUCGUCUUCCAGACGUCGAAUGGCGGCAUGUGCCAACGGAGGACAACCCCGCGGAUUGCGCUUCGCGCGGAAUAUUUGGCGAUGAAAUUAUUAAUCGCGAGCUAUGGUGGCAUGGACCUCCAUGGCUGCUCUUCGAUUCCGAUAAAUGGCCGUGUAACAAUGAGCGUCUUCCUGAGGAAGCGCCUCUCGAAGAAAAGGCAUUAUUGGAAAUGUAA